UCCUCCUAUAUAGUUUUUAAUCAAUCUACAAUUUGAAAAACCGUCAAAAAAAAUCAUGAUUCCAAAUUACAUCUUUACAAAAUCGUCCAAUGAAUUCGAACACAAUGUUCUAAGAAGGAACUAUAAGGGUCAGGACAGUAUCCCUCCGCGCAGCAGUGGUCGGCUUAUGAAUACGGGGCAAAACAAGUCAAAAUUUAAGAGCGUGGAUCCCGGCCUAAGGCGCCCAGCACAACAGUACAAAAGGGGUACUCGUAACGCUGAUACCGCCACCAAGGAUCCCUUUACGCGUAACGUGGGCUUUCGUCUUGAAGCUGGGAAAAUAGCCGGAAACGUUAAGCCACAGAUCCUAGGAGUUUUUAAGACAGACUCUGCUGCCCAAACAUUACACAUGCAGACCGAUCCCAGUCACAAAGCGCAAUGCGACCUGCAGGAGUCCUUCACCGACUUUUUCAGCAUUAUCCACGACAAUGUUAUAGAGUCGGUAAAGAAUGCCGUGCGAGAAACAGUGGCCAAAUGUUUUGAGCAGUCCAUGACCAAAAUAGAGCUGCUGACCCAGGAGAUACGUAACCAGGAGGCGCUGAUCAACAAAGUCCAUCGUGAUUUAACGAGUAAAAUGGCUGCUCAGAGCGAGACCAACUUGAACCAGUUCAAGUUCCUAACUCAAAUGCUCAUCGACAACCAGACCGUUCACUACAGGGCCCUCAAUCAGGCGAAACAGAACAGGCAGCGUCGUUUGGAGGAACGCGAACUGGAGAGGGAGCAAAAGCUGGAGCGGGAACGGAAGCGUUCCGUAGGCACCAUUAAGGGCGGAAACUGUAGCCCUGAUCUCUCAAAAAGAUGCACAGGUGGCGACAGCAAGAAAGCCCAGUCCCGAGUUCCCCAGCACAAGCUGUCCCAGCAGCAACAGCCGUUAGUCUAUCAGAUGUGCAAGAGAAAUACUCCCCAAAUGAAAAAGGAAUCCAUUUCGAACAGCAUGCCGAAUCUUUCGGGAUAUCCAUCAAAAGCUGCGGCGGGGGUCAUCAAGCGCCCUGGAUCACGUCCUUCCGGCAACAAGGGAUCCGAUCGGGAAGUAUGUAUCCCAGCCAUGACUUAUCCAGCCUGUACAAUGCCUCGGCGAAGGUUCUAUCAAACCGUUCAAUCCAUACUCAAUCAAGUGAAUGACACGAAAAAAUAAUAGUCUUAAAUUAAACGCUAAGGGUUUUCCAUGUCUGUUAGUUCUAUGACAUGGAAACAUUCGAUGUCCUUGCCAUGUCAUAGAACUGACAUUCAUGGAAAACUUGUACAAAUUAUAGAAAAUCUUUGUGUAAAAACAAAAAAUGAAAAUAAUUUUAAUAAAGCAAAAAUGUUUUGUAAUAAGGUA